UCCGCCUCAGAGGGACUGUAGCAGCCGCAGGUCGGGGGAGAGGCCGCAUCGAACUCAGGCCCUCGUGGGGGAUCUUUAUGUCCGGCGAACGUGGAAGCACAGCUCUCACAAGACAAAGUAGGGCUUCGCUAGUCGCAUGUAGGUUGUUGCUUUUGCUCAGAGAUCACCCAUGACACGAGAUAAAGUGCUCUAUUGCCUUUAUUGAUUAAUUGAACAAGUUCAGUUGAUAAUUUCAGUGACCCAGAUUCAAGCAAUAAUAUCUUACUUUGGAAAUAUCAUGUGGUUUCAUCAGCUUCUUACAAUCUAGGGGAAGGAAGAUUUCAAAUCACAGAUUCAAGGAAUUCAGAGAACACCAGGAGGAUAUGUGACCAAAGAACUUCAACUAGCCACAUUACACUCAAACUGCAGAAGCUGUAGGGGGGAAGAUACCACCUUAUCUAUAGAGGAGCAAAAAUAAGAAUUAUAUCUGAUUUCUCUUCAGAAACAAUGCAAGCAAGAACAGUUAAAUAUUUAAAGUUUUGAGACAAAACCCCCCAACAAUCUAGCAUUCUGUAUCCCACGAAAUUAUCCUUCAAAAGUGAAUGACUUAUGGUACCAGUCCAAAGUUUGUGUGCCCAACACUUCAAAAGAAUUGUACAUUGUAAAGCUUAAGAAAAAUCAUUGAAGAAAUUUAUGGCCAUAAUUUACAUCUCUCACCCCUAAAUUACAGCAUGUAGAGUCCAUGAAGCACAGGACAGUAAAACUUCCUACUCAUACCACCAGGAGGAUCUCUUUGAAAGAUUCACCACAGGACUACCAGAGACACUAAUUUGUCUGAAUCAUCAUGUGUUGAAACAACAAAAGGCUACUACCUUUGACUAACAGGAAACAGAAUUAAGAUGUUUGCAAUUCUUUGAGCUCCAGGAAGCCAGGGGAGUGAGCUGAAAAUCUGAAAAUGCGGCCAUGGACUGGUUCCUGGCGUUGGAUUAUGCUCAUUCUUUUUGCCUGGGGGACCUUGCUCUUUUAUAUAGGUGGUCAUUUGGUACGGGAUAAUGACCACCCUGAUCAUUCUAGCCGAGAACUGUCCAAGAUACUGGCAAAGCUUGAACGCUUAAAACAGCAAAAUGAAGAUUUGAGGCGAAUGGCUGAAUCUCUCCGGAUACCAGAAGGCCCCAUUGAUCAGGGGCCAGCUUCCGGAAGGAUUCGUGCUUUAGAAGAGCAACUUGUGAAGGCCAAAGAACAAAUUGAAAAUUAUAAGAAACAAACUAGAAAUGGUCUGGGGAAGGACCAUGAAAUCCUAAGGAGGAGGAUUGAAAAUGGAGCUAAAGAGCUCUGGUUUUUCCUACAAAGUGAAUUGAAAAAAUUAAAGAAUUUAGAAGGAAAUGAACUCCAAAGACAUGCAGAUGAAUUUCUCUCAGAUUUGGGGCAUCAUGAAAGGUCUAUAAUGACGGAUCUAUACUACCUCAGUCAAACAGAUGGAGCAGGUGAUUGGCGGGAAAAAGAGGCCAAAGAUUUGACAGAACUGGUCCAGCGGAGAAUAACAUAUCUUCAGAAUCCCAAGGACUGCAGCAAAGCCAAGAAGCUAGUGUGUAAUAUCAACAAAGGCUGUGGGUAUGGCUGUCAACUCCAUCAUGUGGUCUACUGCUUCAUGAUUGCAUAUGGCACCCAGCGAACACUUAUCUUAGAAUCUCAGAAUUGGCGCUAUGCUACUGGUGGAUGGGAAACUGUGUUUAGACCUGUAAGUGAGACCUGCACAGACAGAUCAGGCAUCUCCACUGGACACUGGUCAGGUGAAAUAAAAGACAAAAAUGUUCAGGUGGUUGAGCUCCCCAUUGUAGACAGUCUUCAUCCUCGUCCUCCCUAUUUACCCCUGGCUGUACCAGAAGACCUUGCAGAUCGACUUGUUCGAGUCCAUGGUGAUCCUGCAGUGUGGUGGGUGUCUCAGUUUGUCAAGUACUUGAUCCGCCCACAACCUUGGCUGGAAAAGGAAAUAGAAGAGGCCACCAAGAAGCUUGGCUUCAAACAUCCAGUUAUUGGAGUCCACGUCAGACGCACGGACAAAGUCGGGACAGAGGCUGCCUUCCAUCCCAUUGAGGAGUACAUGGUGCACGUCGAAGAACAGUUUCAGCUUCUUGCUCGCAGGAUGCAAGUGGAUAAAAAAAGAGUGUAUUUGGCUACAGAUGACCCUUCUUUAUUAAAAGAGGCAAAAACAAAGUACCCCAAUUAUGAAUUUAUUAGUGAUAAUUCUAUAUCUUGGUCAGCUGGACUACACAAUCGAUACACAGAAAAUUCACUUCGGGGUGUGAUUCUGGACAUACACUUUCUCUCCCAGGCAGACUUCUUAGUGUGUACUUUUUCAUCCCAGGUCUGUCGAGUCGCUUAUGAAAUCAUGCAAACUCUGCAUCCUGAUGCCUCUGCAAACUUCCACUCUUUGGAUGACAUCUACUAUUUUGGGGGCCAAAAUGCCCACAACCAGAUUGCCAUUUAUCCUCACCAACCUCGAACUGAAGAUGAAAUUCCCAUGGAACCUGGAGACAUCAUUGGUGUGGCUGGAAAUCAUUGGGAUGGUUAUUCUAAAGGUGUCAACAGGAAACUGGGAAGGACGGGCCUAUAUCCCUCCUACAAAGUCCGAGAGAAGAUAGAAACAGUCAAGUACCCCACAUAUCCUGAGGCUGAGAAAUAAAGCUGAAGAUGGGAGGAGAAAGACAACCAAACUCAGUUCAAAUCAGUGAGCCAAACAGGAGAUGGAGAAGGUCCUGACCUAACAACACAUGGAUGGCUGAGUGAGUGGACACCGUCAGCACCGGGAGCAGCUGAGAACUGACAAAUGCUGCGUUGGUGGAUUUCCUCUUUAACAAGGGCUACAAGGCCCAAAACCCCUGCACAGUUCAAUAAUGUACUCACAAAUAACAUGCAAACAGGUCGUUUUCUACUUUGUCCCUUCUUUUAAGAUCAUGUCUCUAUGAGAAAAACACUGCCACAUUGUGUAAUUUAAAUGACACAGAUGUUUUGUGUGAGACUUCAAACAUGGUGCCUAUCUCUGAGAGACCUGUGUGACCUAAUGAGAAGAUCCCUGCCAUGAGGAGGCUGAUUCUCAGCCAGUGGUGGUUCGUAAUCCCUGAAUUCAUGCCCGUCAGCAGACUCAGAAUGACAAUGGAUGUUUUUGUCUGAGAUUUUUUAAAAAAGUAAUUGCAUCAGUUCAUCCACCUCAUCUUUAAUAAGUGAAGGAGAUACAUCAAAAUAAAAUAUUCUCACUCCAUUAGGAACUUUUAUAAAAUGAUGCCAUGAACAGAUUCUUUAAUAUUCAAUGUUUCUGGACAUUCU